AUGGCACGAACAAGGCCCGAAGGAACCGUUGGACGGCCUGUUCAUAUUGGUCUGCGACAUCCGCGCGCAUGGCAACUUCGCUGUCCGCUCCCCGCGCCCAGAAGGUCGCGGAAAGCGACGGCGUCUGUCCCACGCGGCAGAAGAGCCAGUCUCGGAGAGGCUGGACCUGGCUAUGAUUACGAGGAUCCGUGA